CGGGCUGCGAGUUCACUUAGUCCUUGGAUCACCCAGUUUCUCAUUCUCUGGUUCUGGGCCCGUGAGGUGCGGAGUUGGUCUAAGAAAGGAGGUCUUAUGGGGGUUUGUGCUUGCGCGUAGGGAUGGGCGGGUGAAUGGCAGGAGUUGGCAAAUAGAGACUAGCACUGAAGUGGGAAGGACCCCCGAGGUUGAGGAGGUUUAGGGGAGAAGUACUCCCUUAAUAUUCCUUGGGAGCGAGGAUAGAGAGACUUCGUCCCGCUCGCUUUGUACAUGUUCUCCAGUCCCUGGGGAAGAACAUCAUGUUUGGUGAAGUAGAGGGUCAGCGAAAACGAGGAAGACCCUCAACGAGAUGAAUUGACACAGUAGCUGUAACGGUGGGCUCAAACAUGCAGCGAUUGUGAGGAUGGCGUUCUCUUGUGCAUGGAGGCGUCGCUGUGAGUGGAAAGUGACUCGAGGGCACCUAACAACGACAGCAGCUUCAGGAGAGAUCUGGAAGUGAGUCGGGAAGACAAACUGAGUGGGAUGGCUCUGAGUAAGUCAAUGCAUGCAAGAAAUAGAUACAAGGAUAAACCUCCUGACUUUGCGUAUCUGGCAUCCAAAUAUCCAGAUUUUAAGCAGCAUGUUCAGAUAAACCUGAAUGGAAGAGUGAGUCUUAAUUUUAAAGACCCUGAAGCAGUCAGAGCUCUGACUUGUACUCUCCUAAGGGAAGAUUUUGGACUUUCUAUUGAUAUCCCGUUAGAGAGGCUAAUUCCCACAGUUCCUUUGAGACUCAACUAUAUUCAUUGGGUAGAAGAUCUGAUUGGUCACCAGGACUCUGACAGAAGUACUCUCCGAAGAGGAAUUGAUAUAGGUACUGGGGCAUCCUGCAUCUAUCCUUUACUUGGAGCGACCUUAAAUGGCUGGUAUUUCCUUGCAACGGAAGUAGAUGAUAUAUGCUUCAACUAUGCAAAGAAAAAUGUGGAACAGAAUAAUUUAUCUGAUCUCAUAAAAGUGGUAAAAGUACCCCAGAAGACACUUCUGAUGGAUGCUCUUAAAGAAGAAUCUGAGAUAAUCUAUGAUUUUUGUAUGUGCAACCCUCCCUUUUUUGCCAACCAGUUGGAAGCCAAGGGAGUAAACUCUCGGAAUCCUCGAAGACCUCCACCUAGUUCUGUAAACACUGGCGGUAUCACAGAGAUCAUGGCAGAAGGAGGUGAAUUAGAGUUUGUCAAAAGGAUCAUCCAUGACAGUUUGCAACUUAAAAAAAGAUUACGGUGGUAUAGCUGUAUGCUGGGGAAGAAAUGCAGUCUGGCCCCUCUGAAGGAAGAGCUUCGCAUACAAGGGGUUCCUAAAGUCACCUACACUGAGUUCUGUCAAGGUCGGACAAUGAGAUGGGCUUUAGCAUGGAGUUUUUACGAUGAUGUAACAGUACCAUCGCCACCAAAUAAACGAAGAAAAUUGGAGAAGCCCAGAAAACCCAUCACAUUUGUAGUGUUGGCAUCUGUGAUGAAGGAACUGUCCCUCAAAGCGUCGUCUUUGGGCUCGGAGACAGUAGAAGGCAUAGUAGUUGUGACGACCUGGAUUGAAAAAAUUCUCACUGAUCUGAAGGUCCAGCAUAAGCGAGUUCCCUGUGGAAGGGAGGAAGUUAGCCUUUUCCUAACAGCCAUAGAAAACUCCUGGAUUCAUUUAAGGAGAAAGAAAAGAGAACGAGUGAGACAGUUGAGAGAAGUUCCCCGAGCUCCUGAGGACGUCAUCCAAGCCUUGGAAGAGAAAAAGUUUACUUCCAAAGAGUCUGGCAAUGGCCACAACUUGGCCCAGGGCCCCCAGGAGAGUACCUCAUACAGGCCAGCUGUACGGGAGGGCGAGCCUGUCACUGUCGAGGGCCACUGCCCAGAUGAGCAUUCCCUUUCCCAAGAAGAAAACCCGGAGACCAUGGAGGAUGAAAGGAGUGAGGGGCAGGGAGGGAUAGAGAUUCUGGAAAGUUGUAAAGCCUCUAGCAAUGGACCCCAGGACCAAGAGGUGUCUGAGCAGUUCAGCAAUGCGGUGGCUGAAAAAGGGAAACACCUGCAAGGAGCAGCUGGACAUUAUCUGUUUAAGUGUUUGAUAAACGUUAAGAAGGAGGCGGACGAUGCUUUAGUUGAAAUGCAUUGGGUUGAGGGCCAGAACAGGGAUUUGAUGAACCAGCUUUGUACCUAUAUACGUAACCAAAUUUUCAGGCUUGUUGCUAGUUAACUCCAGUCUUCUUGCCCAGUUGGGUAAAGUGUCUAUAAAAGAAGCUUGCCUUGGAGUGGCCAGUGGGGUUCCAGGAGGAAUUCCACCAUUGAUCCAUUAGUAACAUUAUACAGAAUACUCUUUAAAAACAGAAACAAAUUAAUCCAUUUUUAAAUCUACCCUCCCCUUCACCUUUUUUUUUUUUUUCAAGUUAUAGGGAAUUGUAUUACGGUAGCUCAGGAGAAAGAAUUGUGGUUAUAUAGGAAAUUUUAUUAUGGUAGCUCAGGAGAAAGAAUUGUGGUUGUCGGCAACAACAAAAAGCCGUCAGUAAACUCAUGAGGGAUUUGAACCAGACUUAAGCUGAUCAUCUCAGCGUGGCUGGUUCUCUGAGGCCAGAGGGACUGUUUUUGGGGUCUGGUCUGGGUCAGGGCUGCACAGAGCAUCACGUUGUCUCUCCCACCAAGGGUAGUUAGGCCCUGGUGCCCUCUUCUAGAGUCACCUUUCAGGACCAGCCCGACUCACUCUGGAUGCAUACCAUUAUCCCUGCCUCAGACCUGAGAAAGGAACUGGCUGGAUGGGAGGUGGGGGGAGAGAAACCUAAAGUGAUGCCAGGAGGAAGGCCCAAUGUGGGGAGCACCGGUGGAAAGUUACAUGGCUGACGGAUGUCUGCUUUAAUGGUGCUUAUUUCAGAAACAGAAUUAGGUAAGCAGAAUUCCCACAUGUGACCGAGAUGCAGCAGAAUGCGGCCAUACUCCUACCUCCAGCCAUUCUGUUGCUGUUUUACGGCUCUAUGAUUUUCAUUUGUUUUGACAUUAGAAGUGGACCUUUGUUUUGUUUUUAAAUAUAAGACCAUUCAGAACUGAAAAUCAUCAAUCCUAUUUGGAUCCUGGGGUUGGGGGGAUUUUUUUUUUUUCCCGGCUUUGGGUGGGUAAGAUAGAAAUAAGAAAUGGAGCCAGAGACAGUAUGUGCAGCAGUUAACUUUUCAAAGUCCCAUCUGUUGACAGAUAAAUUGUAGCUGACCAGAGACAGCUUUUUGUAGGUUCAAGUAUGAUCCUGCUAGUGCUGGAGAUUUCUGAGGCCAGAGUAACUGUGUUUUUAAAACAUGUUUCUAAUUGGAAUGCCCAGGGCUCAGCAGGAAUGCCUCUGGAAAAGGAGUCUCAUUUUUUUGUUCUUUUGGUAUCUCAGUUACCCUCUGCUGUGUUUAACUUUCACAGCCUGAUUUUACACAGCAGCCUAGGGUUCUGUUUAGACUAAAAUCUUUGAGUAUGGUGCCAGAGUUCCUUGCCACCUACCAAGUAGACUCAGGCUGAGAAGUUAAGCCACCCUUUUGAGAGGUGGAUAUUGGUAGGACAGAAAGCUGAUGACCUUGGCGUAUCUUGGCAGCAGUAGAUCAGGCCCUCAGCAAAGAUACAGGAAAUGAAACUAGGACUAUAGUAUGCCUCCCUGUGGUAGUGGAGACAGAGCUGUGGAAGAGAACAUAUUAACCCAGCCCAUGGACCUCUAGAGAAUCCAUAAACUUCCUGGAAUUAUUUCUAAAAGCUCUGUGAGCAUGUGUUCCCCCCAUCCCCCGUCCCUGUCCCCCCCCCCUUCCGAGAGGGUCCCUGAUUUAUAGACAAGAGUCAGUAACCUACUGAGGAUUAAGAACCAUUAUUCUAGUUCAGCCCUUCAUUUGACAGGAUAAGGAGACGAAUGCCCAGGAUCCCACAGAGCCAAGAUUUAAUUCAGGCCUCUUGUCUAGUAAUUUUCUGCCAUCCCCACCCAAUACCACACCACUGACCUUACCUCUGAUGACGAUCACAUUUGAAUAAGCAGCCACCCAAACCUAGUUUUCUUGAUAUAAUUUUAAGAUAAAGUGGCAACUAUUCAUUCAAAAAGUAAUCAAUAAGUAUUAUUUUUGUUUAUUUCAUUAUAAAAGAGUAUCACAUGUUCAUUAAAGAAGACUUUGAAAAAUGAAAAGUAGAAAACAACAAAAUCACCCCUGGCCUCGGCCUUCUCUAACACAACCAAUAUUGGUAUUUUAGCGUGUUUCCUGCCAUUUCUCUUUCUAAAGAUGGGAUUGUGUGAGUGUAAGUAUUUUUCCAUGUGGUAACAGUGUAUUUAUUUACACUCCUUGCCUUGUUCAAAAUGAAUUUCAGGCACAGUGUUGGCCUUUAAGUCUACCUCUUAGGGAUUCACAGAGAAUACUCUGUAUCUAGAGGCACAGAAGGUGGGUCUGUGUCUCUGGGUGCUUCAGAACCCCAGAUUUAAGGCGUGGUGUCAGAGAGGAGGCUUUAUGGGUGUUCAGCUAAUCCUCUGAGAGUUAAAAAAAAACUGGCAAGGAGAGCUUCCGGAGUAUUGUUUAAGUACUAGAGCUCUGAGCGCCUUCUUCACUUUGGGAUGUCUUCACUUUGUUCUCUGAGAGGAGCAUGUGUUUCUUACUGCAGACUGUCUAAUAACAGGACAUGGAAAACUCUUGUAGAAGACUUUUAAAAAUUGCAUUGGUUGUGCAUAUACUUUAUAGUUGAGUGAUAGCAUAUACUUUAUUAUUGGAGAAAAGGAACUUUAUUGGCCCACCUGCCAUUAUGUUGGGUGAUACUUUGCUUAAGUGUCUGGAGGUCAAGUUCAUCUUCGUGGAUUGGUAUGAAAUUAAAUCUUUUUGGUAUUAUCUUAAAUUCUGUUCUGGUCCCUGGCACUGGCCUCUGAUCUCCUGAUACCUAAAGUAGGAACAGAGACAGAGCUUGUUUUCCGCGGAGGCUACAGCUGUUUUUGUUCUUUGGAAUGUGCUAUGCUUCCAACAGUUUGGUUCCUUCACCCCACGUCCUUGCCGAGUGGUCAACACACCAGAGCGUUGCUGCACAUCCUAGCAGGACUGUCAUCUGUGUGGAAGUGCCAGUUAACCUUAAGGAUUCUUGUUGAUUAUUUAAAACUUUAUGCAUUUUUUAAAUAUAUAUUUUUAAAAUUUACACUAAAUAUAUACAAAGCUUACCGUGAACGCUCUAACUUCUAAGCUCUGACAAUACAAGGAAAACUUCAAGUUGUGGAAAAGAUGAAGAAGGCUGUGGAGAAUCCAGGUCCUCUUAAGAGAAAACCAAAACCAAACCAAACCCACUGCCGUGGAGUCAAUUCUGAUUCACAGCGACCCUAUAGGACAGAGUAGAACUGUCCCGUAGAGUUUCCAAGGAGCGCCUGGUGCAUUCAAACUGCUGACCUUGCUUAGCAGCCAUAGCACCUAAUCACUAUGCCACCAGGGUGUCCCUUAAGAGAAGAGAGUGAAUAAUUCUUGACUAGCCUUCUACCCAGCAUCUUACUUAAAACACAACAUUUUUCUCUCUAGCCACACGGGGGCAUCUUUGGCCUUUUUAUCAGGCACCUUAAGUUCCUCUGUGGGAAUUGAUAAAACUAUGUCCAUGGUAUUUUCUUGAACUAUCCAGUUGCUACCCAGAUAAGUAUUUUUAUGUAAACAAGUAUAUUUUCACAUAAAGAAAAUUUGAAAAAUAAAAGUAGAAUUUAAAAAACA